AUGGACAAACUCAUUCUUUUAAUUUUUUUGUUACAAGGUGUUUGGUGUGGAGAUUGGAGCAUCACUCUGCCAGAGAAGAUUGAAGCUCUGAGUGGAUCCUGUGUGACCAUAAACUGCACAUUUGAUAUUAAUAACACAUAUGACAAAGAUCUCACUGACAGUGCUGCAGGAGUGUGGUAUAAAGAUGAGCAUAAAGACAACAACAAUAUUGUGUUUAACUCCAGCAACUUCAAUCUCUCUUUUAAAGGGAAAAUAAUUGGAAAAUUAAAAGACAAGAACUGUACAACCACCUUUUAUGACGUUACUUCAAAUCAUGAAGGUACAUUUUACUUCAGGAUUGAGGGUAAUGGUCCACUGAAAAUGACCUUUAGAUGGAAAUUUGUUUCAAUAGAUGUGAUCGACUCUCCCCCCAGUCCCACAGUGCAGAUGUUUAAGGAUCAGAUGGAGGUUAAGGUUCAUGAGGAGGUGUUAGAGGGGAGCUCUAUGUGUCUGCGCUGCUCUGCUAAGACUCUCUGCUCCUCUUCUCCACCAACUCUCACAUGGAGCUCCACUGACAGACUCCACCUCAAUGAGAGCAGCAGACUACAGCUGGAUCAACAGAAUCAAACUGAGAUCAUCUCUGAUCUGAACUUCACUGCUACUCACCUUCAACAUGAAGUCACUUUCAUCUGCACUAUAACCUACCAGCUACAUCAGAGGAACCCAACAGCACAGAGCAACACCACAUUACGUGUUCAGUAUGCUCCUAAAAACACAUCAGUGUUUGUGUUUCCAUCUAAACCUGUACUGGAGGGCAGUUCAGUGACUUUGAUAUGCAGCAGUGAUGGAAAUCCAGCAGUGUUCAACUACACCUGGUACAGAGAGAAUGGAGGACAGCUGGAGGAGCUGCAGACUGGAUAUAAUCUCACCUUCAAUGUGGCUGAUCGUACACACACAGGACGCUACUACUGUCAAGUCAAAAACCAUCAUGGUACUCAAAACACAUCAGCGUUGCUGGACAUUCAGUAUGCAACCAAAAUCUCUCUCUUCAGCUGUAACAGAACUGAUGUAACUGUGUGUUUGUGUGAGGCUCAUGGGAAUCCCUCUCCUAAAGUGGAUUGGUUUCUAUCAGGACGUCCUGUCAGUAACUCUACAAACACAUUCAUCAGUGAAGAGCGAUUGAGCAGCACAGACUUGAGGAGCUUCAUUUCUCUCCAUCAGUCACUUACACACGCAGACACUCUACAGUGUGUCAUCAACAACACUCACGGCAAUGCCAGUCAACAGAUUCAACUGGUUGCCAGUCCUCAGGAGAUGAUACAUUGUCAACAGACUUUUAUUCCACUCCUGAUCAUCUUAACACUGAUUCUUAUCCUGUGUGCUGUGACUGUUGGAUUUGCACUUUACAGAAUUAGACAAUUGAGCAGCAAGCUGAAGGUGAGUUAGUGAUGUUUUACUAUAGUAGAUGAUAAUGAAAGUGAUGAUGAUGUUUGAGAUUGUUUUUGUUUUCAGGUUUACAAUGAUGCAGGCACAUAUGCUUCUCUUCAGCUCUCUGCUCCAGUGUCUGAAUAUGAGACUUUGAAUUUUAAAAAAGAUGACACACAGUAAACAACAAAUAAACAUUUGGUAAUUUCAUCAGAUUUGUUCCUAUAUAAAAACCGUAAAACUUCAAAUAAUAGCCCGGGCUUUUAUUUUCCCAAACUUAUCGUCACACCA